AUGGAUAGUUCUCCCCAGAGCCAGCAUCAGUUUGGUCACUUUGGUUUUGAUGAAAUAGAAAUGGAGUGUGACGAUUGCGAUUUUGAGACAAUUGAUUUUCAAAACUUAGACAUGUUGUGCAGUAGUCAGUUAGAAGAUAUCACAGAAAACCUCAGUAUCCCUGCCUUUUCUGACCUCCCCAAGCCUGAGACCCCUGCUACCCCUCUCAAUGUGCAAAAAACAGGCAACAGAUUUAAAGAAAGUACAGACGACGAUGUGAACAGGUUGUUUGAAGCACGCCAAACUCUCGCAACCAAGAAAAACACUAGCUGGGGAUGUAAAUUGUUUCAAGACUGGAGCAUUGAGAGAAGAGGGGAGCCUGUAGAUUUAGAAGCAAUAUCACCAAGUCAACUUAAUAGUCUCCUUGAGAAAUUUUACUGUGAGGCUAGGCCCUUAAAAGAUGGGGAACUUUAUCAUAAAAAUACAUUGAAAAAUUUGAGAGGGGCUAUAAACCGAAAAUUGGCAGACCUAAAAAGAAACAUAGACAUUGUUAAAGACAAAGAUUUUAAAACAUCUAAUGGAGUCCUACAUGGAUUGUUGAAAGAGCGUGUUAGGGAGGGCACCUCAAAAUCAACACAGCACAAAGACCUGAUCGAAAAAUGUGAUAUGGAAAAAAAUUCGACUUACUUCAAGGAUGCGCAACUUAACCCAAUCAUUCUCCGACAAUGUGUCUACUUCAAUAUUGCAAUCCACUUCAUUUCUAGGGGCCAAGAAUUUCAUCACCAACUGAAAUUGGAUUCAUUCUCUUUUCAAUCCGACGACACAGGUGCAUAUGUUACACUUAGCCACGAGAUACAGCAAAAGAAUCACCAAGGUGGUUUAGGAAAUGUGGAAAUGAACACUGAUAAACGCAUGUAUGCUACAGAUACUGAAUCAUGCCCUGUAGGAAUGCUCCAACUAUUAAUUGAAAAAUGA